GCAAGUGUUACCAUCUUCGGACGGCGUAAGAGGAGGAAUCAGGAUCGAGUAUGCCAGAACAAGGAUGGGAGAAGUGAGUUGACUUGAUAUCAGUUAGACUUGCUACGAGUCACUUGUGAUGAGUCCAACUGAUAAAAGUAAACUAACUAACAAAUCCACUCCAGUGAGCUCUAUAUAAAACUGGAGCGAGAACACGAGCCCAAAAAAGUGAAGCCAAGCCUAAGAUGGCGGAAAUUGAAGAGUUAUUCGACGUCAGUUCCAGUCCCCUUCUAUUGUUUUGUCUCCGCGGUUAACAUGAAGCUGGCAAGGAAUGUGCCGAAAUUUCGUAUUUUGACAUCGAUUAGUAAGGUUACAGGACACCCUUUUUGGCGUUUUGCGGAAAAUCGCUACUGCGCGCUCAAUAUCAGUCUGAUUUUAAUAAAAUUUUCACCAAAUAUUCGCCAGUGCAUGCAAAAUAUGGUAAAGUUGUAAAAUUAACAAACAAUAAAAUAAUGUAAGAAUUAUUCAGGAAGAUCUUAAAUCGCGGUACCGUUACACUUUUGAAAAUGUUUUAAAAGUUGAUGAAAAUUCAGAGCAUACAUCAGCCACAGAUAAUGUACAAAAUUGUAAAGAAAAUGGUACAACUGACAAUGAUGCAAUCGAGAAAGAGGAGAUUGUUACAAAGAGUGAAACACCAACAGAUGAGAUUUUAAGUUAUAUUUAUGAAAAUAUCAUUUUUAUACAGCAAAAUAGUUGUUCUAAAAAAUUGUGAUCGGAAAUUUUUGUUUAUUUCGUCAUUCAGCUGAUAUGGCGAUUUCUUUGACGACUGCAAUAUAUUUCUGAAUUGUUUGAGUGAAUUGCUCUUUAUUAUUAAAAUAUCCAAAAUUAAAAAAAAGCCGAACACAUUUUGAAACUGACGUCUUUAACUAUGUCCUGUGAAAAUUUGAGAAAAAUUGGUUAAAACCCGCAGGAGAACAACUCGUUUGAAAAUCAGUAAUUACCGUAAAAUUCUUCGGGCGAAAAUUGAAUUUGAAUAUUACAUUUUCAAUGUAAGCAGCAAAAUGUUGCAGCGAAAUGUAUUUUCAACGAGUUUUCAACAUUUUUCGUUCAAACUUGGUCAGAUAGUAGAACUAGUCUAAUGCUUUCAUGGAAACGAAUAAAAAAAAUUUAGGCAAAAUUAACACUCAAAGGUGUUCUGUAACCUUAAUGAAUAUCAUUAUGGUGUUAUGAACUGAAAACUUGUUUAGCGAUACGGUCCGUUAGAAAAAAAACUGGAAUUAGCUGGAAAAAUGUUAUUAAAACUGUUUACGACCUUCAUAACUGGGAAGAGGUUAUUCGCUGGCCUCAGAGUGACAAAACGUAACAAAGCAACGGUUUUACUAACACUAACCCUAUUCCAAACACCAACUCUAACCCUAACCCUACUCCAAGUUUGUUUCUAAACCAAUCUUGAAGAAAAACGUUUUGACGAAAUGUCAUUCUGAGGUCAGCGAAAUAACUUCUUCCUCAUAAUUGUUGGACGUCAAUUUCCGCCAUCUUGGUCGAGUUUGGUCGACUACUCGAUUCACACAGUGAGCUGUAUAUGUGUGGAAUUUCAGUCAUUCGGACUAUAGAAAAAGUGAAAUGAAGCAUCGCUAAAAUCCGGGUACUUCCUCGGGUAGAACAAUUUGCAUCACAGAUUACGUCAUCAGUUAGUUAUAGUGAUUAGUGUUGAGGUUAGGGUUAGGGUUAGAUUAAGGAUUAGGCUUAGAGAUAGGGAUAGGGAUUGGGUUAUAUCUGACGCCACAAACACAACUAGCCGAACACGUGAUCAGUUCUCCUCUACCCGAGGAACUAGCCUAAAAUCCGCACUUUGAGCUCAAUCCCGCAGCUAAAUAAUACGUGUCGACUUGUAUCAAGUCUAUUUAUCAGUAUAUGCACUUUAGGAUUCCUCUAAGUUACUGUAAUAUCGUCACCCUAUACAUGAUAUGCUUAUUUUUUUUACCAGCGUCGGUAUUCCGUGAACGGCGACACAGUGAUCACAAGUCACCCCACGAGUCCCAUCGGACCACCUAUCAGUAUUUCAAGCUACAGCUGA